UAUUUUCUUGGCAUCGUACAGAUGAAUUAUGUUACAAUAGAUUUUGGGAGGGCUUGAAGUUAAUAAUGGCGGAGGGUGAACUUGUUGUUGACAGUGUAAUUUCUAGACUUCUAGAGGCGCGAGGAAGACCCGGUAAAAACGUUCAGUUGACCGAAGCUGAAGUUCGCGGUUUAUGCCUGAAGUCAAGAGAAAUAUUUUUGAGUCAGCCAAUUCUGUUAGAACUCGAAGCUCCUCUCAAAAUAUGUGGUGAUAUUCAUGGACAAUACACAGAUUUGUUACGUCUAUUUGAAUAUGGUGGAUUUCCUCCUGAGGCCAACUACCUUUUCCUUGGGGACUACGUGGAUAGAGGAAAGCAAUCUCUUGAAACAAUAUGUUUGCUUCUUGCUUACAAAGUGAAAUAUCCUGAAAACUUCUUCCUACUUCGUGGCAACCAUGAAUGUGCUAGCAUCAAUCGUAUCUAUGGUUUUUAUGAUGAGUGUAAAAGACGUUAUAACAUAAAAUUGUGGAAGACAUUUACAGAUUGCUUUAACUGUCUACCGAUUGCUGCAAUUGUAGAUGAAAAAAUAUUUUGUUGUCAUGGAGGUCUUUCUCCUGACUUGCAAUCAAUGGAACAGAUAAGACGUAUUAUGCGACCAACAGAUGUCCCAGACACAGGGUUACUUUGUGAUCUUUUGUGGUCAGACCCAGAUAAAGAAACCAAUGGUUGGGGUGAAAAUGAUCGUGGUGUCUCUUUCACUUUUGGUGCUGACAUUGUCAGCAAAUUUCUCAAUAGGCAUGAUCUAGAUCUCAUUUGCCGAGCUCACCAGGUGGUUGAAGAUGGGUAUGAGUUCUUUGCUAAACGACAAUUAGUUACAUUGUUUUCUGCUCCAAAUUACUGUGGAGAAUUUGACAAUGCUGGUGGCAUGAUGAGUGUUGAUGAAACCCUCAUGUGCUCUUUCCAGAUUUUGAAGCCAUCAGAGAAGAAAGCCAAAUAUCAGUAUGGCGGUCUCAAUUCUGGACGUCCCGUAACACCUCCCAGAGGUGGAGCUCAACAGCAAAACAAGAAAGGAAAGAAAUAGAUCCUUCAGCACAUAUUAACUUAGUAUAGAGUAAAGCUAUCUGCUAAAAGACAAGAUAAAUGGUCAGUCUGGCCCUUGUACUUUAUCUAACCUGAACAGUGUUGUAACUGAUGUGUGCAAAAUAUGACGAAAAAUGUCUUUGAAAGGUAUUAAUGACUUAGUAAUACCAUUGGCUGAUUUUCCAUGUUAAGGAUAGCAUUGUUGUGAUGUCUAUUGAUUUUAAUUAUUUGUAAAUUGUUUGCUUUAUUAAUUACACUGUUAUCCUAAUCA